AUGGCUCGAAUACCCUUUGAGGACGAUUCAAGGCUUACAGCUGAUAAUGAUAUGGCUGUAGCUUUAAAUAAUGCAAGGAUGGAUUUACAAGCGAGAACUUGUGUCCGUUUAGUGCCAAGAAAAACAGAAAAAGAUUAUGUUCUUUUCACAGAUCUUGGCCAAAAUGUUGAAUGUUGGAAUUUGUUUGAACCCCUUCCACCUAAAGGCCAAGUUUUGGUUAAUGCCGGGCCUUCCUGUCUUGAACCAAUGAAACGACCACACAAACCAAAACGUGUUUUCUCUGAAUGUUUGGAGGAAUUUUAUUUUAUUAAAAAAAUAUUUAAAUAUUUUAAAGGCGAUAUAGAAUAUGUUAAUCACCUCUAUAAUUGCCCUAAAAGGCGAAAACCUUCCCCAAUUUGCCCAACUGGCCGUUUAAUUAUGUCUAAACCAGAUGAAUAUUUUGAACGAAAUUUAAUUACUACAACAACUGAAAAACAAUUAAGUAAUGAAGAAAUAUUUUCAAUUGGAGAGGGAGGGGGUAGAGGAGGAGAGGGAGGGGGUAGAGGAGGAAAUGAAGAAGAUUAUUUACCUUUAAAUGAAAAAGAAGAAGAAAAAGGGAAGAAAUUUAGUAAUAAAAAUGAAGAAAAGGAAGAAGAAGAAGAUAGUAUUAGGGAAAGACCUUAUAUUUCAAUUAGUAUUGAAGCUGAAGAAACUGAAGAGUUAGAUUAUUCAACUAUAACUACAGAAUUACCAACAACAAUAAUAGCAACAACAAUUUAUCCUGUAACUGAAAUUGAAGAACAAACAGUAACUGAAUCUAAUAAUAUUGAAGAACAAAUAGAAAAUAGUACAGAAUUAGUAGAAAUACAACAAACAACAAGUAAAACAUCAGAAAAUCAUUUAUCUACAGAAAUGUUGCCUGCUUCUACAUCCUUGGCUAAUUUAGAAGAAGAAAAUAAUUUAUUAAUUACUUCGCCUGACGAAGAAAAACUAACAACAGCAACACCACCACAAACAACUUCUUCUAUUAGCACUUCAUUAGAUACUUCUUUAUCUACAUUCGAAACAAAUAUUCUUCCAAAUCCAACAAAUAUCGUCGACAUACCUUCAUCAAAUAAGUUUGGAGAAUCGUUAAGGGUUAUGGGCAGACAGCCAUAUCCUUUGAUGAUGACAUUAAUUAGAACAACAACAACCACAACUAUUUUACCUCCAACCCCUGAAUGGGUACGUUCUGUUGAAGAAUCUUUUUUGGCCGGAGAACAAUUAGGGGGAAGUGGAGAGAAAAAAGAAAUUAUUGGAGAAAAACCACACGGCGAUGGAUGGAGAAUAUUAAGUACUAUUGGGCCACCUUCACCAAUGCCUAUACCUCCAAUACUUCCCCCUUUUCAACCUCUACAACCAUUUCAACCUGUUGGAGAAGAAGAAAAGGAAAUUAUUAGUAAAAUUGGAGGAGGAGGAGGAGGAAGUGGUGGUUCUAAUCCUUUAGAUCCGUUGCCUAUUAAGCCUGGAGUUAUUGGAAUUAGAAAUGGUACUCGAAUAAAUAGUCAAGAAGAAGAAGAAGACGAGAAGGAAGAAAUGGGUAAAAGUUCAAAUUUAAUUGAAAAUAAUAAAGGCCCAAAACAAAAAAUCUCAGCUUUUCUUGGAGUCAUUCAACUUCCACCUGGAGCAGCAAUAAAUAUAAAAGAAAGAACUAAAAUAACUAAAUUGGUAGAAAGAACUAAAUAUAUUGGACCUUGUGGAUCUGCUUGUACUUAUGGUGAUUGGAUUCCUCAAAUACUUAAUCAUUUCUACACAACCGAAAGAUUAGAACAACAUUUAAUGGGAGCACAAGGAUUUGUAAUGGAACCAUCAAUGGGUUAUUUGGGUAAAAACCAAAUAGAUCCAAAUUGUACAUGUAUUAGACCUCUUUAUAGAUUAUAUUCUGAAUUUGCUAAAGAUCAUUUUUUAACUUCAAAUGAAGACGAAAAAAAUAUUGCAGAAACUUUAUUGGGAUAUUCUUUUGAAAGAAUACUUGGUUAUUGUACAAAGGAACCUGGAUGUGGGGCUUAUUUACCUUUAUAUAGAUUUUAUAAUGCAAUUAAUAAAGGUAAAUAUAGGGAAAUGCAUUAUUACAAAACACAUUCAGAAUUAGCUUUUGGGUUUGAAAAAAUAGAAUGUUAUGUUUGGCAAAAAAGUUCAAGUUCGAGAGGAUGUCCAGCAUUAACUUUAGAAAUACAAGAAGAUGAGGAGGAAAGGAGAAGGGAAAAUGAACAAAAUAAAUCUAUUAAAAAUGAAAAAGAAGAAAAUAAUAAAUCAUUUUCUGAUGAAAAUAUAAAAUUAAAAAGAAGAAGAAAAAGAAGAAAAGAUUAA